GUGGAAAAUGUGUUGAAAUGCUGCUGGUGCUGCUGGUGCUGCUGGUUUAUCUGGGUACAUGCUGAGCUGCUGUAGAGCAGACGGAGAGAGGAGGAGGACUCGGUGCACCGGAGGAGAUCUCCGGUUUCUACAAACAAUAGUCGACAGGACGCGAUGGUCGCCUGUUUUUUUAAAACCGCAGGGAAGUUUCGGACCCUCAUCGGCCCUAUUGUUGUCCUCACCGAGGCCACGUAGCUCCGUGGAGCGGCUUUAAACGCGUUUAUAUAUGUAUGGAGGAUAAAACACGUCCAGACUGAGAUGCGCGUGGAGGGAAUCAUCGGGUUUGAUUGUAGGCCGAUGGUUUUGAUGAUUUCUCUCCGUGGUGAAGGACUGCUGGGAAUUUGAGUGCGUCCAUUCAUUUACUGUGUUGGAAAAAGGAAAGGCGGAAGAAGGAAAAGGGACGAGCUCAUUUGGAUCAUUUGGCAUCAGGACUAGUCCAGACCAGUGUGGCCUGGGAGUCUCCCAUUGUCCUCCAGACUACAACACACUCCUCUCUCAGUCUCUAGGUCGAACAACUCUUCAUAUAUUCACACCCAAAUGCUCCUCACAAUCGAAGCCGACUCAUCUCUCCCCCGCGGCUUCUCUCCUACCCGCCGUCCUCUCCCACCCCUCUUCUCCUCCUCUCCCUUCUCCUGCUCCCUCCUUGUCGGCCUCCAAGAUAGAUUCCCUCAGGAGUAAGGUUGAACUGCUCAAGCUGCCCCUGGCUCUCACCACCAAGUCCAUCUCCGAGCGCAAGAGCCAGCUUGGAGGAGUCGGCGAGCAUCGCGGCACGGGGGGAGGAGGAGGAGGCGGGGCUCGUAAAGUCCGCUCACCGCCGACCCGAGAAAUGGACAACGAGUCGCAGUACUCGGGCUACUCGUACAAAUCCUCCCACUCCAGAAGUUCCCGCAAGCACAGGGACAGGAGGGAUCGCCACCGCUCUAAGAGCCGAGACGGCAGCAGUCGGGCAGACAAAUCGGUCACCAUCCAGACUCCUGGAGAGCCGCUGCUGGAUGCCGAGUCAACCCGCGGAGAUGAAAGGGAUGAUAACUGGGGCGAGACCACCACGGUGGUCACCGGCACCUCAGAACACAGCAUCUCUAACGAGGACCUGACCCGCGUCACCAAAGAUUUGGAGGAGUCGACUCCCCUGGAGUGCAAGCGCUUCGUUGGCCCGGCUCUGGGAGGCUGCCUGAGCUUCUUCGCCCUGGUCACACCUCUAGCCUUCCUCAUCCUCCCGCAGGUCCUGUGGCGUGACGCCCUCAAGCCCUGCGGCACGCCCUGCGAAGGCCUCUACGUCUCCCUGGCCUUCAAGCUGCUGGUCCUGCUCAUCUCGUCCUGGGCGCUGUUCCUCCGGCCGCCCCGCGCCACACUCCCGCGCUUCUUCGUCUUCCGCUGCCUGCUGAUGGUGCUGGUGUUCCUGUUCGUAGCGUCCUACUGGUUGUUCUACGGCGUGCGGGUGCUGGAACCCCGGGAGGAGGACUACAGGGGGAUCGUGGAGUACGCCGCCUCGCUGGUGGAUGCCCUGCUGUUCAUACAGUACCUGGCUCUGGUGCUGCUCGAGGUGCGACACCUGCAGCCGGCCUUUUGCCUCAAGGUGGUGCGGAGCACGGACGGAGCCAGCAAGUUCUACAACGUGGGCCACCUCAGUAUCCAGCGGGCAGCUGUCUGGGUGUUGGACCGUUAUUACAACGACUUCUCCGUCUACAACCCGGCGCUGCUCAACCUGCCCAAGUCCAUCCUGUCCAAGAAGAUGACCGGCUUCAAGGUUUACUCUCUGGACGAAAGCACCACCAAUAACUCCACAGGCCAGUCCCGGGCCAUGAUAGCAGCUGCUGCCCGGAGGAGAGACAACUCCCACAACGAGUUCUACUACGAAGAGGCCGAGAUGGACCGCAGGGUCCGAAAACGCAAGGCCAGGUUGGUCGUGGCAGUGGAAGAGGCCUUCACGCACAUCAAGCGUCUCCAUGAAGACGAAGUCGCCUCGUCCCCGAAACACCCUCGGGAGGUGAUGGACCCUCGGGAGGCGGCUCAAGCCAUCUUCGCCCCGAUGGCCCGAGCCAUGCAGAAAUACCUGAGGACCACCCGGCAGCAGGCCUUCCACAGCAUGGAGAGCAUCCUCACACACCUGCAGUUCUGCAUCACACACAACAUGACUCCCAAGGCUUUCCUGGAGCGUUACCUCUCCCCCGGCCCCACCAUGCAGUACCAGCAGCAGAACGGCAGGGGGCGCCAGUGGACCUUAGUGAGCGAGGAGCCGGUGACCUCGGCCCUGCGUCAGGGUCUGGUCUUCUCCCUGCGCCGCCUGGACUUCUCCCUGGUGGUCACGGUGACGCCGCUCCCCUUCCUGCGGCUCGGGGAGGAGUUCAUCGACCCAAAGAGCCACAAGUUCGUAAUGAGGCUGCAGUCGGAGACCUCGGUGUGAAGGCGUCUCCUUCUCCCGCGCUGUCCUCUCUUACCGUGCUCGCUCCUUGCUGGAUGUGGCGGGACAUGUGGAGGCCACGUGGUCCACUCCCAUAUCCAAUCAUUUCCUGUCUGUGACAUUCAAGGAGAGUCUGAAUCCUCCUCCUCCUGUUUUUAUGAUCACCACAGACGCUCUGAUAUCAAACUGUGAUCAGCUCAACGAUUGUUCAAACCUGGAAUCAAACAGAUGCCUUGACUCUUUCUUUUCCUUUGUUGUAAAGUCUUUUACAACACGCUGUAAAAAAACAAAACCAACCUUUUCUCUAAAGGGGACUUUUUCUCUUUUUGCCUCCUCUGUUGCUGUAACCACUGGACUACUUCACUGCGCUGACUCAACACAUGACCACCAGAGGAGGAGGAUUACAUCACAGUUGUCACUUCCUCUUUCUUGUGUCUUAAGAAACAGACUAACUGGAGCUCAGCUCUGACUGCGACGCUGGUGUACCACUGCCUUCUGGUUCCCUGUCAGUACAUCGUUUUGUUUGAGAUGACAAGGACUGUUUUUAUAUUAAAGGGUGUGACUUUUUUUUUUUUUUUUACUUACAGAAUGUAGCAUUAUGUGCUUUGAAUUAACAAGCGGCUUUUGGCCCAAAAUGUCUUUUUAUCUGACUGUAAAGAAACAUGGAAGUACAUUCCUGAGCUACUCCAGACUCUCUCUAUUCAUGAUUGUCUAAAUAUGCAGGUUUUGUUUUAUUCUACACUGGCAUGUUUACUAUUCAUUUUACAGUUUUAGAAAGAAAACUAAACAAAGACCCCAUGUGUGCCUGUUAUUAUCAUGCAAUCUGUAUCUGCUUAUCCUACCUGGAUAAGGAUGUCAAAGCAUAGGCCUGGUGUUAUUCUUUUUUAUUCUUAUUGUCAACAAAUCCCAUGAAAAUACAGAAAAUGACAAAAA